ACUCGCGAAAUAGCCGCCCUCUCCAAAGGAGUUGGGUGACCCGGAAGCGCCCUGGGAAAAAAAAGAAUAUCAACUUCCUGGGUCGGCCCAUUUCUGCACCUGGGUCAGGAAGGAGGAAGGGAGGAGCAGGGGAACGCCCUGCAGGCUGCAGGCGAGCGCUCCGUCGUCGGCCGAGAAGAUGCCCUCCCGCUCCAGCCUGGCCGCCUCCGCCCCGGGCAGCAAAGUCAAGUACUCCAAGCUCAGCUGCAAUGACGACGGAUACAUCGACCUGCAGUUCAAGAAGAGCCCCCCCAAGAUCCCCUACAAGGCCAUUGCGCUGGCCACCCUCCUCUUCCUCAUCGGGACCCUGCUCAUCGUCAUCGGGGGGCUCCUCCUCGCGGGGUACAUCAGCCACGCGGUAGGUUGUCUUGAUGUGAUGUUAUGUUGUAAUGACCGUGCAGUCGAGGCUCACUUAACGGGCAUGAUGGAUGUGGAUAAAUUAACGUCUUUACUGAAAAAAGUCACAGGAAGUAAUGCUAGAAGCACAGACUGGAGUCUCUUUAAAGAAUUCAUGAAAAUCUAAUGGAAUUGAAUUAUAAAUACAGCCAAAUAUAUAUAUAUACACACACACACACACAUAUAUAUAUAUAUAUACACACACACACAUAUAUAUAUAUUUGUAUGAAAGGAAGACCUAAUAGAAAAGAAUACAGAAUAGGGGUGAAAAAUGGUAGAAAACGGAAAGAAAAAAAAAGAUAGACAGUGUUUGGAACUACUGCAAAGAAUGAAGAAUGGAAGUACAAAUUUCCCCCCAUAUAUAUAUAUAUAUAUAUAUAUAUAUAUAUAUAUAUAUAGAGAGAGAGAGAGAGAGAGAGAGAGAGAGAGAGAGUAGAGUCUCACUUAACAGGCAUGAUGGAUGUGGAUAAAUUAACGUCUUUACUGAAAAAAGUCACAGUAAGUAAUGCUAGAAGCACAGACUGGAGUCUCUUUAAAGAAUUCAUGAAAAUCUAAUGGAAUUGAAUUAUAAAUAUAACUUGAAUUAUAUAUAUAUAUAUAUAUAUAUAUAUAUAUAUAUAUAUAUAUACACACACACAUACAUACAUACAUACAUACACACACACACACACACACACAUAUAUUUGUAUGAAAGGAAAACCUAAUAGAAAAGAAUACAGAAUAGGGGUGAAAAAUGGUAGAAAACGGAAAGAAAAAAAAAGAUAGACAGUGUUCGGAACUACUGCAAAGAAUGAAGAAUGGACAUACAGACAUAAUUUAAUAAUAAUUUUAUUCUUAUUCCCCGCCCCAUCUCCCCAAAGGGACUCGGGGCGGCUUACAUGGGGCCAAGCCCAAACAGAGCCAUAAAAACAAGACAAAAAACCAAUGAAAUCAAUAAUCAAACCAUAAAAGCAAGUCAUAAAAACCACAUACAAGAUAAUAUAUGAAAGGAAGACCUAAUAGAAAAGAAUACAGAAUAGGGGUGAAAAAUGGUAGAAAACGGAAAAAAAAAAAAGAUGGACAGUGUUCGGAAUUACUGCAAAGAAUGAAGAAUGGAAGUACAAAUUUCCCCCCAUAUAUAUAUAUAUAUAUACAGUCGAGUCUCACUUAACGGACAUGAUGGAUAUGGAUAAAUUAACGUUUUUACUGGAGUCUCUUUAAAGAAUACCUGAAAAUCUAAUGGAAUUGAAAUUAUAUCUAUCUAUCUAUCUAUCUGUCUAUCUAUCUAUAUAUAUAUGGAUGAAAGGAAGACCUAUAAUUAUAUAUAAUACAGGAUUCCUCUCCCUUCCUGCUGUCUCAGCCUCGUUGUUCUUAACUAGGAGU